UUCCUUGCACUCAAGUUCCUUUCUCUACUCAGUUCUGACUCUAUAUAUUUAUAUGAAUUGGAAGAGUUACACAUGCUCUAUCUCCUUAUCUCUGAUCUUCUCUAGUCUUCAGUCUCCCACCACAACCCAAAUAGCCAAUACAUUCUCACUAACCCUUCAACAAAACCAGUAGAACUGUAAGAGGAGUGAAUGAGUGAUGGCUCUACAAGGAGAUAAUCUUGUUGUUUCUGUAAGGAAACUUGAGAGGAUACUUAGCAUGAAAGGAGGCAAAGGAGAAACUAGCUAUGCUAACAACUCUCAGGCUCAGGCAAAACAUGCAAGAUCGAUGCUGCACCUGCUGGAGAGUACACUGGACAGGGUGCAACUAGAGUCCUCCCCUGAGACACCAUUUGCGGUGGCGGACUUGGGUUGUUCAUGCGGCGGCAACACCAUCUACAUAGUGGACGUCAUCAUCAAGCACAUUACUAAGCGCUACGAGGCCAUGGGCUGUGAACCGCCAGAGUUCUCAGCCUUCUUCUCUGACCUUCCUUCCAAUGACUUCAACACCCUCUUCCAACUCCUCCCUCCACUUGCCAUCAACGGUGGUAGCAUGGAAGAGUGCCUCGCAGCUGAUGGGCACCGCUCUUACUUCGCCGCUGGUGUCCCCGGAUCUUUUUACCGGCGUCUCUUUCCGGCAAGAUCCAUUGAUGUUUUCUACUCUGCUUUCUCCUUGCAUUGGCUCUCUCAGGUCCCGGAAAUUGUGAUGGAUAAGAGAUCAACCGCGUAUAACAAGGGAAGGGUAUACAUCCACGAUGCAAGUGAGUGCACGGCCAACGCUUACAAGAAACAGUUUCAAGCUGACUUAGCAGGAUUCCUUAGAUCACGAUCACGUGAGAUGAAAAAAGAUGGAUCCAUGUUUCUCGUUUGCCUAGGAAGAACGUCGGUGGACCCCACUGAUCAAGGUGGAGCUGGUAUACUCUUUGGGACCCACUUUCAGGACGCCUGGGAUGAUCUCGUCCAAGAGGGUCUAGUGGAUAGUGAGAAAAGAGACAGCUUCAAUAUACCAGUGUAUGCACCGAGCCUACAAGACUUCAAGGAAGUAGUAGAAGCCGAUGGCUCUUUCACCAUUAACAAGCUGGAGGUGUUCAAGGGUGGUAGUCCUCUCGUAGUUAGCCGGUCAGAUGAUGAGGUAGAGGUGGGCAAAGCUUUAGCCAACAGUUGCAGGAGUGUCUGUGGGGUCUUAGUAGAUGCCCAUAUAGGGGACCAACUUAGUGAAGAGCUCUUCAAGAGACUUGAGUGUCGAGCCAUGGCCCAUGCCAAAGAGCUAAUAGAGCAACUUCAGUUCUUUCAUAUAGUUGCUUCUCUCUCAUUUGCUUAGAAGAUAAAAAAGAUAAGAUUGAAAGCAAUAUGAAUCCCACACAUACCCAACAAAGAUAGGGAUGUAUCAAACAUGGGUGUCUUUCCAUUCAUGGUGGCCUGCUCUCUCUCUCUCUCUUCUUUGUGGGAGUGUGUGUCCGUCUGUGUAUGUUUGUUAUUACUGACUGUGAAGUCACCUUUAUACUUGAUGAGUUAAUGUCUUUGACUCUUUUUGUGUCCCCUUGAAUCUGAACUUCUUAAGUAAAGUGAACCCAUCUUCAUUUUACUUUCUUUUGUAACUUAUGAUUGUGUCCAUGUAUGUGAAGGUACUUUGAUGAGAAGGUUUGAUGACUUAAAAGAUAUAUCAGUGCUGUACUCCUAAGAAUUUUGAUUUAUACA